GGCAGCGAUGUUCAGCCUGAUCACCGUGGUCGGCAACACGCUCGUGAUGCUCUCCUUCAGGGUCAGCAGGCAGCUCAAGACGGUGAGCAACUACUUCCUGCUGAGCCUCGCCGCCGCCGACCUCAUCGUCGGCCUCUUCUCAAUGAACCUGUACACCGCUUACAUUUUGACGGGCCGCUGGGCCAUGGGCGCGGUCAUGUGCGACCUGUGGCUGACUCUGGACUACGUGGCCAGCAACGCUUCCGUCAUGAACUUGCUGGCGAUCAGCUUCGACCGGUACUUUUCCAUCACUCGACCCCUGAAGUACAAAGCCAAGCGGACCAAGAGGAGGGCCUCCAUUAUGAUCGGCCUGGCCUGGGCGGUAUCGCUCGUCCUCUGGGCGCCGGCCAUUUUGUUCUGGCAGCACAUGGUCGGCAAAAGGACGGUGCCGCAGGAUCAGUGCUACAUACAGUUUCUCUCCGAGCCCAUAAUCACGUUCGGUACAGCCAUAGCUGCCUUUUACCUGCCCAUCACCAUCAUGAUGGUUCUCUACUGGAGGAUCUACAGGGAGACACGGCGGCGAUCAAGGCAGUUUGCGACUCUGCAGGGCUCCGAGUCCAAGUCCAGAAGCCACGUGCCUACGGGGACGCGAGGAUGCUUGACCUUUCUCAAGGACGAUGAUUGCGACGACGAUUACGACGAAGAUUGCGGGUGCGCGAUCAGCUCCGACGACGACGAGCAGGAGCCUGCGAACGAGCGGGCGGACUCCUGCGCCAAGCCAGCUGCUGCAGCAACAGAUGGCAGCUCUCCGCGACCUUCCGCUCCAUCUGACGUCCCAGAUGACCCCGUGGCAGCGGCCGAUUCAGUCGCCGGCAACGGCGGCGAAACUUGCGCCGAGCCGCAGCACGCACGGAUCAGCUCGACGGUGCGAGGACGCGACCUCGGAAGAAGCAACUGCGCGACGCUUGUCGACAUGCGUAUCGAGGAGUCCCUCCUCCCACGGGACGCCGAGAGAGAAUCGCCACGUGAGGACGAGCCUGCCGCAGAUAAGAUCGUUCUGAGAGGACGAUCACACAGGGGGCGGUGCAAAGGAGGGAAGGCGCACAGCAGCACGGCGAGGAGACACUGCAGCCUGCUCGCCAGGGACAACAAGGCCGUCAGGAUCCUGUGCGCGAUAUUGCUGGCGUUCAUUGUGACGUGGACUCCGUACAACAUCAUGGUGCUCGUCUCAACGUUUUGCGACGACUGCGUGCCGAAGAAGCUGUGGCACUUGGGAUAUUGGCUUUGCUACGUCAACAGCACGGUCAACCCGAUGUGUUACGCGCUGUGCAACAUGCACUUCCGCAAGACGUUUAAAACGAUUUUGUCGUGCAAGUGGAAUGCUGUCACGUAG